AUGCUCGCGCUUCUAGCGGCGAUACAGGUGGCGACGGCACUCUCUCAAUCUUCGUCGGACUCGUCGGGCAGUGGCAGCAGCGCCGAGAGUUUGGCGGCGCUCAAGACGCAGCGGCAGGAAUGUCUCGCGUCUCCUCCCACGCAGGUCACGUUAACGCAGAGCGCGUCGUCGUCCAGCGCGGCCUACGUCAUCUACAAGGACUGCGCCAUCUUGACCAUCCGCGCCGACACGCAGAGCGACGGCACCAAGUCCAUGGACGCCUCCGGACAGAGGAUCGAGGUCGUCGAGAGCUUCCCCCAAGUCAACUCGCUGGAUUUAUCGGGCAACAGCAUCGUCGUGGUCGAGGAAUCGGACGGCAACUCCAUCUCGACGCUGGAUUUAUCCGACAACGGCAUCCGAGACAUGGGCAACAUUUCACUUCCUGACAGCGUCACAGUCCUGAAUCUGGAUGACAACGAUCUGACCGGACUAUCGGACGGCGACAUCCCCAACACCGUGACAUCCAUUUCAAUCCGCAACAACAGCAUCACGUCGCUGCAGACCUUCGCAGUGAGCGACCAGGCGCAGUACAUCGACCUGAGCGACAACUCGAUGCCGAAGCUCUCGAGCUGGCAGAUGCCCGACACUCUGCAGUCUUUCCGGUGCCAGGACUGCGAGAUCAAGAUGAUCGCCGGCGUGGUCUUCCCGACGGACAUGUCGCUCUCGACUCUGGACCUCACAGGCAGCAACAUCGAGUACUUCGAGGUGGCCAACUCCAGCGUCGCAGUGCUGGAGACUGUGGACGAUCUCGUGGUCACCACGAUCGGGUCCAACUGCAGCGACAGCCACGCUGUAGAACUGGUGGCUCGCUCGAUGAGCCUGUGCGUGCUCACGGACGGAUAUUUCGACGCCAAGUACCUGGUGGGCGGGUCGAGCUCUUCCAGUGACCAAAGCGGAGGCGGUAACCCCACGUUCGCAGGAGGAGGCAGCAGCAGCAGCGGCUUCAGUAACUGGAUGAUGCUGGCCAUGAUCUGCCUCGGAGCGAUGAUGGCCUGCGUGCUCGGCGGCGCCGUCUUCAUCAUCUACCGCCGCCGCCAAAAGGCUCGGGACGAGGAGCUCAAGGAGGCCGAGAAUCUCGAGUUCGACCCGGACGCGUCGUCGUCCUCCAAGGCCACUAAGUACAUUCCCGGCUACUUGUCAGGCAUGUCAAGCACUGGCCGUACAAACUCCGUGCCCGAAGGACUAAUGAGCGCCUCGACGGCCAACUUCGUCAUGAACGACAUCCGCACAGACGACGAGAUUCAACAGUGCCGACUGCUGCAGGAGGAGGUCGUGCGCGGCAAGCUGCUGGCCAAGGGCGGCUACGGCGCCGUGUACAUGGCCACGUUCCAGAACGAGAAGGUGGUGACCAAGCAGCUUCUGCCCGAGCGCGCGCGCGACAAGCGCUACCUGGCCGGCUUCAUGGAGGAGGUGCGCAUCUGCUCGACGCUGGACCACCCCAAGAUCGUGCGCUUCAUCGGCGUGACCUGGAGUACGAUGCUGGACAUCAGCAUGGUCAUGGAGUACAUGCCGCGCGGGGACCUGAGCACCAUGCUGCAGAAGCAGCUCCAACGUGAGACCCGCGACGAGUUCGCGCGUGACGGCUACAGUUGGUUCCACUCAGUGGGCGAGGGCGACAACAUGAAGUGCAAGUCUCUCAUCGCGCUGGACGUGGCCGAAGCGCUGGUAUACCUGCACUCGUUCGAGAGUCCGAUCAUCCACCGCGACUUGAAGCCCAAGAACGUGCUGCUGAGCGAGAAGUGGGAGGCCAAGCUCACGGACUUUGGCAUCAGUAGGGAGCUGGACGAAGACCAGACCAUGACGGCGGAGAUCGGUACUGUGUCCUGGAUCGCCCCCGAGGUUCUCAAGGGCGAGCACUACUCGGAGAAGGCCGACGUGUACUCGUUUGGUGUCAUCUUGACGGAGCUGGACACCUGUCGCCGCCCGUACUCGCUGGGCAUCCCGGGCGAGAGCAACCGCGGCGGCAACAACAAGACAUCCAACACCCGCAUUGCCGUGCUGGUGAGCGCCGGAUCUCUGAGACCCGAGGUGCACACAGAUUGUCCACGCAGUGUGCGCAACCUGGUGGACAAGUGCCUGGCCUUCGACCCGGAGGACCGACCGUCCGCUCUACAGAUUCACUACGAGCUGCGCAACCUGGAGCUGGAAGAGGAGGAGCUGGUCGCGUCGGCGAGGCGCAUGACGAGGACGCAGUCCAAGGCCAGCAGCAUGGGCCACUCGGGCCAUCGACCCUUUCGUCCGUCGUCGUAA